AUGGCUUUAAUGGAAACUCUGCUUCUUCUUCUGCAGGUGGAGAUCACUCUGCAGGACGUCAACGACAACCCGCCUGUGUUUCCCAACAAUAUCCUCGAUAUGACCAUCGAGGAGAACGUCGGAGACGGCGUCAAGAUAAUGCAGCUAACAGCCACAGAUGCUGAUGAGGGUCCAAACGCCCUCGUGACCUACACCAUCCUGAGCGGGGCGGACGACAGCUUCCGCAUUGACCCCGAGUCCGGCGACCUGAUCGCCACCAAGAAGCUGGACAGGGAGCGGCGCUCCAAAUAUUCCCUCCUGGUGCGAGCGGACGAUGGCAAACAGUCGUCUGACAUGAGGCUUAACAUCACCGUCAAAGACGUUAACGACCACUCGCCCAAGUUCUCCCGGCUGACAUAUUCCUUCGACAUCCCUGAAGACAUGGCGCCAGGCUCCAUCGUGGCGGCGAUCCUAGCCAGCGACUCGGACUCGGGGGUGAACGGAGAGGUCACCUACUUGCUGGAGGAAGACGACGAAGACGGGACCUUCCUCCUCAACCCCGUCACGGGGGUCUUCAACGUGACGCGCCCGUUGGACUACGAGACUCAGCAGUACUAUAUUCUGACGGCAAAGGCUCGGGAUGGAGGCGGGCAGGCCAGCACGGUUCGGGUGUAUUUCAACGUAUUGGAUGUGAACGACAACCCGCCGGUGUUCGACACCACCGUCUACAGCGCAUCGGUGUCUGAGAGUCUGUCCUCCGGGUCCAGCAUCCUCACUGUGGUCGCCUCUGACACUGACGAUGGACCAAAUGCUCAACUCUUCUACAAAAUUACAUCUGGUGACCCCCAUAGCCACUUUGCCAUCUCCAAGGAAGGUAUUCUAAAAACUAAGAAGGCUCUGGACCGGGAGACUCAGUCCUUCUACAAUCUUGUGAUAACAGUCAAUGACCUGGCCCCGCCUCCCAUCACUCGUUUCACCAGCACUUCCCAGGUGUCCAUCAUUCUCCUGGAUGUCAACGACUGCGCUCCAACGUUUACCUCCCAGAGGAUGGCCUACAUCCAGGAGAACACGCCGGUGGACACGAUCGUCUUCACCGCCCAGGCCUCAGAUGCCGACAGCGGCCCCAACAGCUACGUGGAAUACUCCUUAAGAGGACCUUUUAGUCACAAGUUCAGCAUCAGCACAAUAGAUGGACACAUCAGGUUGGUCGGGGAACUUGACCGAGAAGAACUUUCCAACUACACCCUCACAGUUGUAGCUACAGAUAAAGGUGAGCCCCCACUCUCCUCGACCAUGGACGUGAUCAUGAUGGUACUGGAUGUCAACGACAACACGCCAAGUUUCUCUCAGAACAUCUACGACAUUGAGAUUGAGGAGAACAUCCUGACCGGCACCGAUGUCAUCCAAGUGUUUGCCAGCGAUGCCGAUGACGGCACCAACGGGCAGAUCCGCUUCUCCAUCUCUGAGGGCAACAUCAACAAUGACUUCCGGAUCGAUUCAGUCACAGGGAUGAUCUCUGUCGCCAGACAACUCAAUCGUGAGACACAUUCUUCUUAUUCGCUGAUUGUCCAGGCAACAGAUCGAGGAAGCAGCCCGAGAGUGGACCGCGCAACCGUCAACGUCGUUUUAUUGGAUGUUAACGACUGCUCACCGGUGUUCGAGCUCUCUCCUUACACCAUCAACGUUCAGGAGAACCUGGAGAACCUCCCACUAAACAUUCUGCAGGUUAUUGCCAGAGACGAUGACCAUAGUGCGAAUGGACAGCUGAACUACAUGCUCAGUGGAGGGAAUGACGAGGGAGCGUUCACCUUGUCCUCCAGCGGUCAGCUCAGUCUGACUCAGACUCUGGACCGAGAGGCUCUGGGGAAAUACGUCCUGCUGAUCACAGCCACAGACUCCGGUUCCCCAUCUCUGAGCGGAACGGGUACAGUCACGGUCCUGGUGGAUGACGUUAACGACAACGUACCCGUUUUCACCUCCUCCACCUUCCACACAACCAUCGCCGAGGAUGUCCCGACAGGAACAGAUGUGCUGCUGGUCAAUAGCUCGGACGCAGACGUAGGCAUCAAUGGUGUCAUAAGCUACAGCCUGACUGGUGGACAUGGACAGUUCUCCAUCAACCCAGCCACAGGACAGAUCAUCACCAGUUCCCUGCUGGAUCGAGAGGACAGGGCCAAUUACCAGCUGCUGGUUGUUGCAACAGAUGGAGGGCAGCCCGAGGGCUUGUCCAGCUCAGCCACGGUGUCCGUGACAGUGGCCGACAUCAAUGACAACCCUCCACGCUUCCAUCACCACCCGUAUGUGACCCACAUCCCUGCCUCUACUGCAGCAGGGUCCUUGGUCUUUGCCGUUACCGUCACCGAUGAGGACUCUGGUUCAAACGGCCAGCUGCACUACUCCUUGAUGGGGCGCAACACUGAGAAGUUCAGGAUCGACCCUGUACGAGGUGCCAUCAUAGCCAACGAGAGGCUGACUGGAAGCUCGGAAGUUACCCUUACAGUUCAAGUGAAAGAUGGUGGAGCUAACCCCAAAACGGAUAUGACCACAGUGACCGUACGGUUUGUUAACGGUGGAAACUUCCCUGUCAUCAAGCUGAAGGAGCGAGCGUUCACGUUUCCAGAGAAUCAACCCAACAACCACAUUGUUACAGUUGUGACGGGGUCUUCAAGGAGAGGUGGACCGUUGUCGUAUUACAUCGCUAGUGGCAACUUGGAUUAUGCCUUUCACAUAGACCAGCUGUCAGGCGAGUUAUCCAUCAGACACCCGCUGGAUUAUGAGCACAUUCAGAAGUACGUUCUCUGGGUCGAGGCCAGAGAUCAAGGCUUCCCACCUUAUUCCUCCUACGAGAAAAUAGAAAUAACUUUACUGGAUGUGAAUGAUAACCACCCAGUGUUUAAUAAGGAUCCAUUUCAUGCUGAAAUACUGGAGAACCUUUCACCUCAGCACGUUCUGAUGGUCUCUGCUGUUGAUCUGGACAGUGGUACCAACGGACACCUGGAUUAUGCCAUAGUUGACGGCAACAGAGAGAACAGUUUCAGCAUCAAUCGAGCCACAGGUGAAAUACGAACCACCAGACCACUGGACCGGGAGAAGGUGGCGCUGUACACCUUGAAAGUGAAAGCCACCGACCGAGGUUCGCCUCCAAAAAACACAGCAGUCAAAGUGCUCAUCAACGUUUUAGAUCUCAACGACAAUGCUCCCAGGUUUUCUAAGAUAUUUAGCGCUACAGUGGCUGAAAACGCUCCUGUUGGUUACACCGUCACCAGAGUCACCACCACCGAUGAGGAUGCUGGUUCAAACUCCAUUAGUCGGUAUUCGAUUACAGAUACAAGCCUUCCAUUCAGUAUUAAUGCAAACACAGGAGAUAUUACAAUUAGCAGGCCGCUCAAUAGAGAAGACACUGAUCAUUACAUUGUGAAGGUGACCGCCCACGACUCUGGCUGGACUGUGAGCACAGACGUCACCAUAUUUGUAACGGAUAUUAAUGACAACGCUCCCAGAUUUAGUCGCCCAUCUUACUAUUUGGACUACCCGGAGCUCACAGAAGUGGGCUCUCUGGUCACACAAGUGUCUGCAUUUGAUCCUGAUGAGGGAGUCAAUGGCAAAAUUUUUUACUUCGUUCGAUCCCAGUCUGAAUAUUUCAGAAUCAACGCCAGCUCAGGAGAGGUGUUUGUGAAGCAGCUGCUGAAAUAUCAGAACUCCACGGGGGCUGGCAGUUUGAAUAUAAACCGCCACAGCUUCAUCGUCACAGCCUCAGACCGAGCAGUUAAGCCUUUAAUGAGUGAGACGACAGUUAUUGUAAACAUCGUAGACAGCAAUGAUAAUCCUCCUGAGUUUGAUUCGUCUAGCUAUUUCACUCCAGUCACUAAAAGUGUCAAAGUAGGCACCAGACUGAUAAGAGUUGUAGCUCAAGACAAACAAGACUUUGGCCUUAAUUCAGAGGUUGAGUACCAAAUAACAGGCGGGAACAGUUCUGAUAAAUUCAAGCUAGACAAAGCAAGUGGAUGGAUUACCGUUGCCUCUUCCCUCAUCCCUGAUAUAAAUAAAAUGUUCCUCAUUGACAUCACUGCGAGCGACAGAGGAAAUCCUCCUUUGUCGGCACAAACCACGGUGAAGAUUGCCAUCACUGAGGAAAACCACCACACACCCGAGUUCUCACAAAGCCAAAUCUCAGCUACUGUACCCGAAAGCCUCGCUGUUGGAACGGCAAUAAGAACUCUGUCUGCCAGAGACAAAGACAAAGAAAUGAAUGGCCUUAUCACUUACAAUAUCACUUCAGGCAAUGACAAAGGUUUGUUUGCACUGAACAGUAAAACUGGUGUCUUAUCCUUAGCACAUCUGCUAGACUUUGAAGAGAAGCAACAACAUGAGCUUAGGGUUUCUGCCACAGAUGGCGGCUGGAUUGUAAAAACAAGUUUUGUCUCCGUCACAAUACAUGUGACUGAUGUCAAUGAUAAUUCUCCUGUUUUUGAUCCUGAGGAGUACUUCCCCGUUGUGCAGGAGAACGUUCCCAGUGGCACCACCGUGCUCAAAAUGAACACCACGGACCGCGAUGCAGGAGCAAACGCAGUCAUGGCUUAUGUUAUUCAGUCCUCGGACAGCGACCUUUUUGUUAUUGACCCAAACACUGGCAUCAUCACCACCCAGGGUUUCUUGGAUUAUGAAGCUAAGCAGGUCUACCAUUUAACAGUGAAGGCCUUCAAUGUCCCGGACGAAGAGCGUUGCAGCUUCGCCAAUGUCAACAUUCAGCUGAAGGGAGCCAAUGAAUACGUACCCCGCUUUGUCUCCAAACAGUACUAUUUUGAAAUAUCUGAAGCCGCUCCAAAAGGCACAGUUAUUGGAGAAGUAUUUGCCAGCGAUCGAGACCAAGGAGAGGAUGGAGUGGUUUAUUACCUCAUUUUUGGAAAGAGCAGAAAGAAAGGCUUUGGCAUCAACAAGAAAACCGGUCAGAUUUAUGUUACAGGUACUCUAGAUCGUGAGAAAGAAGAAAAGAUUUCUCUGAAAGUUUUGGCCAAGAACGCAGGAAGCAUCCGUGGGGCGGAUAUUGAUGAGGUGUUUGUUAAUAUCACCAUUCUUGAUGCCAAUGAUCCACCUGUUUUUACCCGGGACCUGUACGAUGUGCAGGUCAGUGAAGGUCUAUCACCUGGUGGUCUUGUCACUUUUGUAAGUGCUGAGGACUCAGAUUCUGUCCCCAGCUGGAGCAGGUUCUCUUACUCCAUUGCUCCUGAAUUUGAUACAAAUGUUUUUACAAUAAACGCAAAAACUGGCCAGCUGUCUGUGGCUGCCGAGCUGGACAGAGAAACCACUCCCGUCUACAAUCUGACUGUUCUUGCUGUGGACACUGGCACACCUCCUGCCACUGGAAGCACCACUGUCAUUGUAAAUCUGGAAGAUAUCAACGAUAAUGGUCCAACACUGACGACCACCUACGCCGAGAUCAUGGAGAACCAGAGAGCUGGCUCCGCAGUUUCAACACUGACAGCCUCUGACCCUGAUUUACCCCCCAACCAAGGCCCUUUCUUAUAUAGCCUCCUGAGUUCUGGCUCUGCCAACAGCUACUUCAGCCUCAGUUCAGCUGGGGCGUUAACCACCAGCCGGGAGAUAGACAGAGAGCAGAUUAGUGAUUUCUACCUCUACGUUGUGAUUAAGGACUCCGGUGUGCCUCAGAUGUCCUCCACAGGAACAGUUCGUGUCAAAGUAAAUGAUCAAAAUGACAACCCUUCAGAGCCACGGUCUUUGGAAGUCUUUGUCCAUUACUUUGGAAACACAUUUCCUGGAGGUUCUCUGGGAGAUGUCAAACCACAAGACCCUGACAUUCACGACAGGUUCCACUGCUCCCUGAUCCCGCCGUCAUCCGGUUUGUUUACUAUCCCCGCAGGAACCUGCAACCUCAACUCUAAAGCUCGCUCAACCGAUGGAACCUUUGAGCUAACCAUACGCAGCAACGACGGCAUCCACGCAUCAGUCAGUAACACAGCCAGAGUUGUUUUUAAUGGCUUCAACAAUGCCACUGUGGAUAACAGCAUUCUCAUCCGGCUGCACUCUGAAGGGGUCAAAAGCUUCCUCACCAACCACUACCUCAGCUUCCUACGCAUUGCCAACUCUCAGCUAGCAGGACUCGGGACAGGGGUGCUGCUUUAUGGAGUGUUUGAGCUCAACAAUCAGACUUUCCUGAUGGCAGCUGUGAAGCGGGGCCAUGGGCAGUACGUGAGCCCCAGCGGCGUGGCCACAUUCUUCCAGAGUAUCAAAGACAUUUUAUACAGGCAGAGCGGGGUGCAAAUAGACACGGUGGACCAUGAUCCCUGCAUGCGUAACCCAUGCCAGAAUGGAGGCAGCUGCAAGCGGCGUCUCAGUGUCGGGCCUGACAUGAAGACAGUAGAAAGUGUCCCUGUGAUCCUCGUUUCCAACCACCCCCUGCAGCCGUACGCCUGCAGCUGCAGACCAGGGUACGCCGGAGCUCUGUGCGAGACAGACAUUGACGAGUGCCAGCCGUCGCCUUGCCACAAUGGUGGCACCUGCCACAAUCUGGUGGGGGGGUUCUCCUGCACCUGUCCCGAGGGUUUCACCGGGAUGGCCUGCGAGAGGGAUAUCAACGAAUGCCUUUCCAAUCCCUGUAAGAACGGGGCGCUGUGCCAGAACUUCCCCGGGGGCUUCAACUGUCUCUGCACAUCAGGAUUUACAGGGGUGUUCGGCAAACACUGCGAACUCAACAGCUACGGGUUCGAGGAGCUCUCCUACAUGGAGUUCCCCUCUCUGGAUCCCAACAACAACUACAUCUACAUCAAGUUCGCCACCCUGAUGAGCAACGCGCUGCUCAUGUACAACCACGACAACCAGACCGGGGACAAGGCCGAGUUCCUGGCUCUGGAGGUCGUCGAGGGACGGCUGCGCUUCUCCUUCAACCUGGGGAGCGGAACGUACAAACUCAUGACCACCGUCAAAGUUUCCGACGGGCAGUUCCACACGGUGAUCGCCAGGAGAGCCGGGGUGGCGGCGUCGCUGACGGUGGACCUGUGUGGCCAGGACCAGGAGCCGGGCUACUGCGCCGUGAGCAACGUGGCGGUCCACACCGACUGGAUCCUGGACGUGCAGCCCAACCGGCUCUCGGUGGGAGGCGUCCAGUCAAUAGAACCCGUCCUUCAUCGCCGCGGUCAGGUCGCCACCCACGACUUCGUCGGCUGCAUCAUGGAGCUCGCCGUCAACGGCCGCCCGCUGGAGCCCAGUCAGGCGCUGGCGUCCCGCGGCAUCCUCGACAGAUGUCCGAGACUGGAAGGAGCCUGCAGCGCCAGCCCCUGCAGACACGGGGGCACCUGUUUGGACCGCUGGUCCUGGCAGCAGUGUCGGUGCACGGACGGCUUCACCGGCAGAUUCUGUGAGAAAUAUGCGACGGCGGACACGGCUCUGUCUCUGGACGGUACCGGCCGCCUGGACUACGCCCUGAAGGAGGGUCCCAAACGAGACGCCCUGCUGAGGCGGUCCCUGCAGGGCGCGAUGCCCGACGUUGUCGGACCUGGCAGUUUGGAGGUCAAGUUCAGGACGCGAGGAAAGAGUGGCACGCUGCUGCACGUUCAGGAGAGCAGCAACUACACCACAGUGAAGCUGAGGAACGGCGUCCUCCACUACGUGUCGGAUGCUGGCGUUAGAGGAAAGGUGGAGAGGACGCUGGGAGACGCCACGCUGUCUGACGGACAGUGGCACACGCUCCAGCUGGUCAGAAACGGGUCGUCCACUUUGCUCCGAGUGGACGACAGCCAGCCCAGGAUCGUCCAACACGCCACGCAGGACUUCGGAGGUCUCGGUGUGCUGACCUUAUCCCUGGGAGGGAUCCCACCUGGACCUGCUCAGCAUAAAACUGGAGCCGGUUUUGAUGGCUGCUUGGCUUACGUGAAGUACAACGGGGAGAACCUGCCAUUUACCGGAGAGCACGACCGCGUCGCCUUAACUAAGACCAGUUCAUCUGUCAAAAUUGGGUGCAGAGGUCCAAACCUGUGUGAAAGCAGCCCGUGUGGGAAUGGCUUGAUGUGCGUCAACCAGUGGUAUACAUAUCAGUGUGUCCAGCCUGGCGACUGCACCUCUAAUCCCUGUCAGAACCACGGCAGUUGCGUGCCAGAUCCACACUCGGGCUUCACCUGUGUUUGCUCUGAAUUGCACACUGGCAAGACCUGCGAGACCCUGGUGGCUUGUCUGGGGGUGCAGUGUCCUCAGGGAACAGUUUGCAACACCGCAAACGAUGGUGGAUUCAUCUGCAGCCCCAGCCCCACAGCAGAGACCAUGGUCCUCCCAAUAUGGGCCGUACCAGCUAUUGUUGGCAGCUGUGCCACUGUCCUUGCCUUGGUGGUACUCAGCCUGAUCUUGUGCAACCACUGCAAGGACCGCAACAAGACCAAAGUGCCAAAGGAACCCAAGGAAAAGAAACCUAAGGAGAAGAAGAAGAAGAAAAAGAAGAAGGGGAGUGAGAAUGUAGCUUUCGAUGAUCCAGACAACAUCCCGCCUUAUGGAGAUGACAUGACUGUACGCAAACAACCAGAAGGGAACCCGAAGCCGGACAUUAUUGAGAGGGAGAACCCUUAUCUGAUCUAUGAUGAAACAGACAUUCCCCACAGCAAUGAGACUGUCCCCAGUGCGCCCUGUGCCCCCUGCAAUGGGCCAGAGGCAGAUAUUGAACAUUAUGAUAUAGACAAUGCCAGCAGCAUCGCUCCUUCAGAUGCUGAUAUCAUUCAACACUACAAGCAGUUCCGAAGCCACACACCCAAGUUUUCCAUCCAGAGACACAGCCCACUGGGCUUUGCCAGACAGUCUCCUCUACCUCUUGGAGCGACAAGUUACACCUACCAACCUCAGUACACCCAAGCACUGAGGUCAACUCCACUCAGUCACUCCCACUCAGCCUGUCCCACCCCAAACCCUCUCUCCAGACAUUCUCCCGCCCCGUUUACCAAACCUUCAACUUUCUACCGCAACACCCCCACCAGAGAGCUCAACCUGGCUCGUCGGGAAGGCAGCCCGUUGGACAUGCACAAUGACAUGUGUCAACCACCACCUAUGUUCAACUAUGCCACCCGGCUGGGGCGGCGCAGCAAGAGCCCCCAGACUAUGGCCAGCCACGGCCACACCUCAAGGCCGAGCAGUCGACUGAAACAACCGAUAGAGCAGAUCCCCUUGGAGACGGGGCCUCCUGUGGGACUGUCCAUCGAGGAGGUGGAGCGCCUUAACACUCCACGUCCACGCAACCCCAGCAUCUGCAGCGCUGAUCACGGUCGAUCCAGUUCAGAGGAGGACUGUCGCAGGCCGCUGUCGAGGGUCCGCAACCCAGCCGACGGCAUCCCUGCACCAGAGUCCUCCUCGGAAAGUGACUCACAUGACUCCUUCACUUGUUCAGAGAUGGAGUACGAUCGAGACAAGCCGGUCUCCUACAGCUCCCGGGUUCCUAAGCUCUCUCAAGUCAAUGAGUCUGACGCUGACGACGAGGACUAUGGCGGGAGGCUGAAGCAGAGGCGGUACUCGGGUCGGCGGGCAGAAGGAGGGCCUGGCUUUACGCCCUCCAUUGAGCAGCAUUACACCUUGCCCCACAAAAUGGGCCAACAAGCUGGGGGCUUCAACUGGGACAAUCUUUUGAACUGGGGCCCCGGCUUUGGACAGUAUGUAGACGUGUUCAAGGACUUAGCCUCGCUUCCCGAGAACUCGGCUGCAAAAGACAUUGAAAUGAACAGUGGGGACGGCUCGGUGACCAUCCUAAACGAAGGAGAAGCCGAGCAAUAUGUGUGA